GCUGGAUACAAUCCAAUGCGGUAUGUUAUGGAGGACGGAACUGUUCAUAGAGUUUGAUUUCCACUCGCGUGGCGUGGCGGCUCGCGUUUCCCAGCUUCCUCGCGUCAUAGGUAGUUGGGCGAUGGGUUUGUAUGUGAAGGACUCAUGCGCAAAAAUGAUAGAGAAUUCCAUGACGAUCCAUCGAGACAUUGAUGUAGAUGCACACUCCAAACCGUUCCACGAGGUUGUGCGAUGGCGCGAAUAGCUCAUGCUAUACUUGGCAUAUCUCGCGACUCUCUUCGUCGGCCUGGUAUCCCUACGAGUAUUGGAUUGAGCAAGGCAAUGGCCUUCGUAGUGGUGUGUGUGUGGGCGGCGACGGUACGUGGCGUUACGGGUGGGGAGUACGAUGGCGCUGCGUUGCUUUUGAUCGGAAGACCAUGACCGUAAAUCUACUAUGUCUAGACAAUGUUAGGCUUUCCGCAUCGGCGCGUUAAUAGACUUAUCGUCACGACACGGAGGCAGACAGCCGUGAGCGAUCCUCGUGUCACCCCUGAGUAUCGCAGGCAGUGUGUCUUACGAACAUGCUAAGAAGUUGAUGCCUGCACGUUUCAACCUUCCGAUGCACUGGUUCCUCAAACUGUGAUGGGCAGCUUUAUUUAAUCGUCG